AAGGGACAGAAGGUCAAGGCAGAGCGCAAGGAGCUGGGGAAGCAGCAGGAGCCGACCCAGGCCGAGCUGGAGCAGUUUGCGGCUGAGUAUGUGAAUAAGUUGGUGAUGGAGACAGCGCAGCAGCUGCAGGCAGAGGUGAGGCCCGGGGGCAGCGCUCCCAGCCCCCGCUGGCUAGGGAGGGUCCUGGCGGGGUCCCGGCCACGUCCCCUGGCUGGAUGGGGCCAUGGAGCCUCCACGGCACCUGGGCUUGUGGGCGGCAUCCAGCCCGGCUCAGAGCUGAUUCCUCCUCCCCUGCCAGCAGCCGGACGAGCCGAGGGCGACGGUGCAGAGCGGGGGACACGAGCACACAGGGUGCCACGUCUGCAGCCCGGACACCAGGGUGCUGCUGGGGAAGCUCCUCCAGCGCUGCAAGAAGCUCGAGGAGCAGAUGGAGUCCCUGGCCCAGAAGGCGGGCGGCAAGGUGGACAAUUAUCCAAAGUGGAGGAGACAGGUAAGGAGAUGCGGUGUAGGGGGCUUGAGCUGCCAGGACCCCCCAGGCAUUUCUGCUUGGCUGUAACGUAGGGGAGCCCCUCGCUGCCCCCCUAGUUGGCUUGUCGGAGUCAGAAGAACGGAAGGGAAUUAAAGCCUUGGAGCAAAUGUCCUGCUUGCACUGAGAGCCCGUGGCCACCAGCCAAAAUACCCUGGGUCUGUCCCUGCGGGGCAGCCACCCCUUUGCUCAGCACCGCCUUGUCCUCUUAGUCCCUGCAGCAGGACGAGCAGCUCAAGUGCCUCCAGGCCAGCAUCAUGCAGCUCCAAAAGGACUAUGAGAAGUUCAGCUCGGCCCUUGCAAACCUCCAGCAUGAUCGCCAGCAGGAGCAGAAUGACAUCAAGGCUCUGUCCCAGGCCCUGGAGAGAAUCAAGAAGCAGAAAGCAGACAAGGAGGAGCUGCUGGUGCUGGGAAUCGAUGAGAAAGCAGACAAAGACAAAGUCAGUCGCAGCCAGUUUGAGGCGUGCGUGGAGCAGCUGAACAAGGUGAUGGAGGAGGUGACGGGCCAGGAGAAGUUCUUGCACCGGUUCCAGCAAGAGCUCCAGAGGCAGAUGGACUGCAAGCUGGACCGCCGGGAGCUGGGGGCGUUCCAGCAGCAGCAGGAGGAGCGGUGGAAGAGCCUCAGCGGGCAGCUCCAGGAGAAGGCGCUGAAGCCAGAGCGUGACAAUGCCGCUGGGAUUAGGAAGCAGCUGCUGCCUGGUUUCCAUUGCCUGUCCUGUGACCGGCCCCUCAACAUGCUGGCGCCUGGACCGGAGCGGACGGGCGAGUGCAGAUACCCCACUGUUCCGCGGAGCUGUGGGGGCCCACACACUGUCAGGCCCCCGCGCUUCCAGCCCCAACCGCCCAGCACCCCACGGCCAUCCCAACCCAGUGCCCGCCGCCCCAACAAGCCUGCGGGGGUGAUCUGUGCCUCAGUUUCCCCGGGGUGA